AUGUUAUUCUAAAUCCUUAGUUAAGAUUAAUACAAGUAUAACAGUAAAUUAAUCACUAAGUUUUUUUUUUAUAUAUUUCUGCAUAAAAAAAUGAAAUCCAAAAUUUUAGUUUUUGUUAUCAACUUUUGUUAUAUUAUUAUUACACUAGCUGAUACUAAUAAAAAAGAAGAAAGUUUAAUCACGGGACUAAAAUUACAGACAAGAUAUACAAAAUUAACGGAUUUAUAUCAUCGUUGCAUCGAUGAUACUGGGUGUAAUAUUAAUGAAUCAACAUUGAAGGAUGAAAUUAAUAGUAUUGGAAUAUCAAUUACUGAUGAGGAAGCAAAAAAAUUGCUAUCGAGAUUAAAUUAUAAAUUUGAACACAAAAUUUCAUUUGAACAGUUCAAUACUGAAAUAUAUAGUUUUGUUCCUGAAUCACAACAUAAUUUUGAAAAAAAUAAGGAAUCCUCAUUUGUCAUGUUAAAAGGAAUAUUUAUGUAUUUUUCAUCUGGAAAUGAACAGAUUACUAGAUCAAAAGUUGCUGAAUUAAUGAAAUUGAUAGAUGAACAAAUGAACGAAACUGAACUAGAUGAAUUCAUGAAGAACUUAGGUGCUGAUAAAGAAGGCCCAUUAAAAUAUGAAAAUUUUGUAUUAUAUUUCAAAAAACCGUGAGGACAAGGAAUGUACAUAAUAAUUUAAAUGUAACACGUUUCUUUAAAAUACCUUUUAAAAUCUCAUUUUCCUUAAAAAUUUAAAUAAAUAAUAAGUACUGAAAAAUAAAUAAAUUUAUAAAAUACAUUUAUAUUUAAUAAAUGUUAAUUGAAUAAAUAAAAAAGCACUCAAAAUAUCUAUACUAAUGAAACAGUUAUUAUUACGAUAUAUUUUUCAUUUCAUUUUUUAACAUUUGAAAAAUAUUUUUGGUUAAAAAAAUAUUUUCGUAAUUAUUUAAGAUGGUUUUUAUGACAAUAUAAGUUACCGAAAUAACAUUUUAGUGUGACUAAAUAAUUUUAAAACUAGUUCUGACUUAAGUUUUUGGAAUUUCCAAGUCUACUUUUAAAAUAAGAAUAAUUAUAAUUUAAAAAUACAAGAAUAAGAUAAUUAUUGAUGUAUUCUAGGGAACACGGGAAAUUGACAUGCACUAAAGGAAAAACUAAUACUGAUAACUGAAAUUUAUUCGUACAGUCUCUAACCUAAAUUAGUCAUUACUUUUAGUUAAAAAAGUUUUCAAAUUAAAGGAGAUUAAAAACUUUAAAUUUUAUAUCCCGUUUUUACUUUUUUAAUUUUUAAUAAAAUAAUUGCAAUAAUGUUAUUAAAUAUUGUACACAUAAUGAUAUUUUUUUUUAUCCAAUAACUUAAGUUUAAAAACCACUAGUUAUCAUGAUAUUGGCAUAUACAACAUUAACUCGUGCGCACCAUUAUCUAGUAUUCCUCUAUUUAUUUUACAUUUUUUGAAACACUAAUUAAAGGUUAAAAAACUUAUGUACAGAAA